AUGUUUCUUAUCCUUUUACUCAACACAUUCUUGAUUGGGAUUGCUAUAGUUGCAUUAUCUAUUGGAUUUAUUGCCUUUUUAUAUAAGUCUAUUCAUUUCAUAGAGGAAUAUCCCGUUAGAGCAAAAGAGAGGAUCCGAUUAUUAAUUUACUCAGUCUGGGGGAUGCAUUUUAUUUUGCUAUUUAGAGGAUUCUCACUGUGGCUUAUAGGAUUUUCUUGUGUGUGCCAGCUGCUAUUCUAUAACUUAUUAGAUGACUAUCCUAAUAUUGAGACAGCUGGUGCUGGUUUUAUCACGGCAGUUGUAUUUGCCUUUAUCAACCACAUGUUCUUCCUUAGCUCUAUGCUUAAGAACAGAUGUGGGCUGUUUGAGAUUUUCUUCUACUUCUUCAUAAUUGUGUGGGCUAUUCCAAUAUCAUUCUUUUUGAGUUUGACCGCAAACGAUGAAGUAAUUACAAUUUCAGGAACAAAGAAGCCCAUUAGAAGAACAUUGGCAGGAAAAGUUAUAGAUACUCUUCUCUCUAGACAUAACGUAUGGGAGGACAGAUAGGUCAAUUAUAUAAAUAAUUAUUGGUAGAAGUUUCGGAUUGAAUUUUUAGGUUAUAUAAAUAAUACUGGCGUAUCCGGGAUAUGUCGUGUAUAAAGUGCUGAAGUUUACUGUGUAUAUACAGAAUGUAUUAUAUAACCCGAAAUUUAU